AUGUCAGGACAUUAUAGGCGAUCAGUUGUUCCUCCGAGUGGUCCUCAACGCAGCUACUAUUCUCAAUAUCAAUAUAGCAAUAAUCGAAAGGAUUAUCAGCACCGCAGCAGAAAUUUUAGCUCAGCUAAUGAGUAUUCCGGUAAUCCAAGUGAAGCUUGGAACUCUGCUGCGGCGUACCGUGCGAAUCAUGACCAAAAUGCUAUAGUGGCAACUGACCAUAGAUUCCAGUACUCAUACGGCGAAGACCAUCUAGAUGAAUCAUACAGAGAGAUAAGGUAUCAAUUAGAGAACCGUGACAGAAAUAAAUUAGCAAUAAGAGCAAGAAGUGAACCAAUAGUUCAAAAGAGGCCAGCUCCUGUGAUUCGGUAUGAUUCGGAGCUUUUCAAAUCAAAGUACCAUUAUUUUGAUCCCUUUAAGAAGGUCUUGAUACACAAAGAAGAGAUGUUCUCGUGGAGAGAUGACCCCAAGAUUCCAGUUAAUGGAUUCGUACUUGUUCAGGAAUUUCAUGGCGGUCAAGCACGGUCAAUCAUGAGGGAGCGAAAUCCUAAGGAGAGUGCUCAAGAUCCAAGAGAGCGGGCCAUUGCUACAAAGUCCUUUCGAAAAUACCGAGAUAAGCUGGACUUAUUACCAUUCAUUGCAUAUGAUAAAUAUUCCGUGGGGCCACCUCCCCCAAAUGAGGUUGUAAUCUAUUUCGCAUCGGAUGUUAAUACUAUCCAAGAUAUAUCAGUUAAAAACUAUUUCAAAAAGUAUGGCGAGAUCUCUCACUUUGAACCCUUCUAUGAUCCGAAUAAUGCACUACCUUUGCACGUAUAUCUGAUACGAUAUGCAAGUUCACACUCCGGAAAAUCGAAUGAAUUCAAAGCUGCCCGGCUCGCUGUCAAGGAACAUGAAAAAAAGGGAUGCUUCAUUUUAGGUGUCAAGUUCAAUGUUAUACUGAAUAAAGAUGAUUCACUUGAGAAAGUGAUAUCCGAGUUAGUAGAAAAAAAUAUACAGAAGGCCAACAGAGUCCAGCGUGAGAUACAAAGGAAAACGGAAGAGAAUCUCAAACUAUCUCUAACAAGUAGCAAUUUGAAUAAUGCAACGCAACAAGCUGAUGACCAAAGAAUCCCUGCAGAUAUCGAAAAGUUGGUAAAUAAUAGGCCAGCUCUUUUUGUUCCGAAUUCAUUCAUCUCACACCAUGCAAUGAAGGUAGAAGAUUUUAAAUUUAAACUUCGCAAAUAUAGGUGGGCACGCAUGGUUGAUCAUAUCCAAGGUAUUUUUAUUGUAUUCAAUGAUCUUGAGAAUGCAAGAGUUUGCUUGGCAGCAGAGUCAGAAAGAAUGACAAUUGUGUCCAGGACAAAAAAGAGGCCAGUCGAAAUAACUUUAAUUUUGAUUGUCCCAACUAAAAACGAUCGAUAUAACAAGGCUGGCUCAUUGACAGAUCUUUCCUCUCAAUUGAAAGAGAAAUCCUACGAUACUGAAGCAGAUCUUUUAGAAGCUGCCACUAACUUCAUUUUGCAGGAUCUAAAAUAUGCUUUGCAUCUGGAUAUCAGAAAACGAGUCAUAGGACCUGCGGUUUUCGACACCUUGAACCCUUCGAGCUUUCCUGAACUCCUUGUGAAGAAAGAAAGUAAGGAAAGAGAAAAACGAGAGGCCGCACUAAAACUAACGGAAGAGGCAAAGAAAAAGCAGAAGACAGUAAAUGACUUCGACAUAUUCAAUCUUUACGGUGGUUAUGGAUCUGCGGCGAAAGUUAAACGUGGACCAAGAAAGAGAGCUCCAGUGAGUCGUGAUAUUUCUCUAUUAGGCAGUGUGAAGAAAUUGAAAGUCGCCAAACCAAUGGCUCAUAUGCUUAAUGAAGACUCUGCUCCCAAAGAGAAGGAAUUUUCAGAUGAUUCAAAAAGCAUAAGUGAACAUUCAGAUGCGGAAAUGUCAUCUACCUCUGCUACCUCUUCAGAUAAUGAGGAGGAGUACGAAGAAAUUUCACGUGAGGGUGGAGUUGGAACUAAGUCGACUACACCAGAACCUAUCCUAGAACAAAAGCCCAUACUAUCCGAUGAGAAGUCUGUUGAAAUGAUGAGUGUUCCAGAAAUAUAUAGGCCUACUGCAAGUAAAAUUCCGGAACCAGUCUUUUCAGAUGAUACGCUUGCUAAAGAUCUAUCAUUAAUAGGGUUUCAGGACACAAUCAAGGACCAUGAAGAUCUGAAACUGCUGAGAAAAACACUUGGUGUAAAUCCCCACAUCGAUAACACCUUAAUUGAUCCACUUUUGAAUUAUGAAGUUUGGAAGCUGCGUACCAGAUACAAUAGCAAGGCAAGAGUACAAGAAUCGCAAAUGAGGCUAAAUGAGGUUGCUUUUGAUCACCAGUUGCAGAGUACCCAUGGAUCUGUCAAAGCUGAUGGCUUUUGUAAGAUUCCAGAUAGACUUAAGGCUUGCUAUUUGCCUCACCGCCGCAAGAUUCACCAGCCGCUUAACACUGUUAGUCAUCAUAUCGAGCCUGCAGAUGGAACGCCGGACAGUCAACGUGAAGAUUCAGAGUGCUUAGAGAAUUCCGAGUCGGUAUUACAAGAAAUCUCAUCAUCAAGAGAUAACAGAGCAUCAAACAGGAGGUUUCAGCAGGACAUCGAAGCACAGAAAGCUGCAAUCGGCACUGAGUCCGAAUUACUUUCAUUAAAUCAGCUGAACAAACGGAAAAAACCUGUUACCUUUGCCAGAUCAGCAAUUCACAACUGGGGCCUGUAUGCAUUGGAACCUAUUAAUUCAAAAGAAAUGAUUAUAGAGUACGUUGGAGAACGAAUCAGACAGCCUGUUGCUGAAAUGAGAGAAGAAAGAUAUUUGAAAAAUGGGAUAGGCUCCAGCUAUUUGUUUAGGGUGGACGAGAAUACUGUUAUUGAUGCCACAAAGAAAGGAGGAAUUGCUCGUUUUAUUAAUCAUUGUUGUAACCCAAAUUGCACCGCAAAAAUAAUAAAGGUGGGGGGUAACAAAAGAAUUGUUAUUUACGCUCUACGUGACAUCGCCAUGAAUGAAGAGCUUACCUACGACUAUAAAUUCGAGAGGGAAGAAGAUGACGCCGAGAGACUACCCUGUUUGUGUGGUGCCCCAAAUUGCAAGAGCUAUUUAAACUGA